AGCAGACGUUAUCAUCUUAACGAUAUUGGGCUUUCCUAAUGAUGAUAGUGAGCUUUGUGAUUCCCCACAAACACUUUUAUCAAGUAGCCAAACUACAAAGUGUUGGUUUGAUGGAGCAUUGUUUAACAAUAAAUGGUUAUUAUUUUCGGCAUAGGCUCAGAACAAAGCAUAUCUACUUGCCUGUUUCUACUCUUAUCACUAGUGUCAGGAACGAAAGAGUGAAACUUGUAAGAGCUUUGACAGAUAACCAGUAUAGAAAAACUUCCAAGAAAAUAGUUUGUGAAGGAUUGAGGUUGGUUUCCGACGCUUUGAAAAGGGGCUUAAAACCCCACUUUAUACUGUACAGUGACGAUGUGUUUAAAAGCACAAGUUUUCACCAGUAUUUUUCCAAACAGUUGUUCUCCACUUCUAUCGCGUGGAAAACGACAAGUGAAGUUAUUUCGAGCAUAUCUGACACCGUUACUUGCCAAGGUAUUGUAGCAGUCUUUGAACAGCCUUCCGACGGCUUGUCCCAUCAUUCUGAUUUGGUAUUAAUUUGCGACAAAAUACAAGAUCCUGGAAACUUGGGAAGUCUUUUACGAUCGGCAGCAGCUGUAGGUGUGGAUGGCGUCAUCGUUUCACCCGAGUCCACAGAUCCUUACAGUGUAAAAGUGCUUCGUGGAGGUAUGGGAGCACAGUUCGCGAUUCCUAUAGUGACUUGUGAAGAUUGGAAGAGGUUUUUGCAAGUUGCUAAAGAUUUGGGCGACAUCUCCUUUUUUUUGGCCGACAGCAAAGCAGAACAAUCCCACUAUGACCUUUGUUUAGUUGAAUCUUUGGCCGUCAUUGUUUCUUCAGAAGCACACGGUCCAAGUUGUUAUGUAAGACAACUGAAUCCUGUCGAGUUUAAAAUUCCUAUGCAAAAUUCGAUGGAAAGUUUGAAUGUAGCCGUAGCAGGUUCUGUUUUUUUAUAUGAAGUUCUUCGACAGCGAAAAGCCAAUCAGCAAAAGUAGAAAGGCUUUCAUAUUCGUUGUAUUGUUGGAACAAAGUAGUAUGGCGAAAUGCUCUU